UUCUAUUGUAAUCCACCCAUUAUACCUUUGAAUGUGAUACAUACAUUCACGCAUCCUUCAUCCAUCCAACAUACAAUUCAAUUACAAAGAAAUUCCUUUCUAUCUCCGUUUUACUAGCUAUUUCUUCUGAGUAGUGAUAUGGGUUCUUCUCCAAAUUCAAAGCCUAAAAUUGUUAGAGGCUCCGCUGGUUAUAUCCUCGAAGAUGUUCCUCAUUUAACCGAUUACAUUCCCGAAUUACCAACAUAUUCUAAUCCAUUGCAAGACAAUCCUGCUUAUUCAGUUGUCAAGCAAUAUUUCGUGCAUAUCGAUGACAGUGUUCCUCAAAAGAUUAUUGCUAACAAAGAUAGUCCAAGAGGGAUACAUUUUCGGCGUGCCGGACCUCGUCAAAAGGUGUAUUUUAAAUCAGAUGAAGUUCAGGCUGCCAUUGUGACAUGUGGAGGUUUAUGUCCUGGUCUCAACACCGUUAUUAGGGAGUUAGUAUGUGGUUUAUACCAUAUGUAUGGCGUCAAGAAAGUAUUAGGAAUCAGUGGAGGAUACAAGGGUUUCUAUGCUCACAAUACAAUCUCUCUAACUCCUAAAACUGUAAAUGAUAUACAUAAGCGUGGCGGAACUAUCCUUGGUUCAUCGCGAGGUGGACAUGACACCACUAAGAUAGUUGACAGUAUUCAAGAUAGGGGAAUCAAUCAGGUUUAUAUAAUAGGAGGAGAUGGAACUCAGAGGGGCGCUUAUAGAAUUUUUGAGGAAAUUAGAAACCGUGGUCUCAAGGUUGCAGUUGUAGGAAUCCCAAAAACGAUAGAUAACGACAUUCCGGUUAUUGACAAGUCCUUCGGCUUUGACACAGCUGUUGAGGAGGCUCAGAGAGCUAUAAAUGCAGCACAUGUUGAAGCUGAAAGUGUUGAAAACGGAAUAGGUGUUGUCAAGUUGAUGGGCCGGUACAGUGGAUUUAUUGCAAUGUAUGCCACCCUUGCGAAUCGGGAUGUGGACUGUUGCUUGAUUCCGGAGACACCCUUUUUCCUUGAAGGUCCAGGCGGUCUUUUCGAAUAUACGGAGAGAAGGCUAAAAGAAAAUGGCCACAUGGUUAUUGUGAUUGCUGAAGGAGCAGGACAGGAACUUGUUACUGAGAGCAUCCAAUCCAUGCACAAGCAGCAGGAUGCUUCUGGAAACAAACUUCUUCAAGAUGUUGGGCUAUGGAUAUCCCAUAAGUUGAAGGAUUAUUUUGCUAAACAGAAGACAAUGGGUAUAACUCUCAAAUAUAUAGAUCCUACCUAUAUGAUUAGAGCUGUUCCAAGCAAUGCUUCUGACAACGUGUACUGUACGCUUCUUGCUCAAAGUGCCGUUCAUGGAGCAAUGGCAGGCUACACUGGUUUUACCAGUGGGCUUGUGCAUGGAAGACAAGCUUAUAUACCCUUCAAUAGAAUCAAUGAAGGACAGAACACAGUAGUGAUAACCGAUCGAAUGUGGGCUAGGCUUUUAUCUUCAACAAAUCAGCCCAGUUUUUUGAUUGCAAAGACCGCAGUUGAAGAGAAGAAGAAGGAAGAAGAAGAAGAAGAUUCAUUUAAUUUGUAGGACUGGCAUUUGUUCAUACAACCAUUUUGUUAACAAAACAGUUCGGCGGGUAUUUAUCAUUCAGUCUGUACAUGUCAUUACCAUCAUUUUAGCCUCAACCUUGUGUUGUAACGGUAACUUGUAAAUUAGUAUAUAUGGUUAGUUAAUUUUUUUUGCCUUUCCACAUCCAUAAGAUGUCUGUGGAGAGCUCAGCUCUACAUGAGCAAGAUGUAUUCUUUUGUUAUGUUUUGUCCCGUAUGAUAAUCAUUUGAAUUUGAAAGAAUUCCGAUUCAUCUACAAACGACUUUUAGUUUUGAUUUCUUA